CAAAACACUCUUCUUCUUGACUUUGUGUAUGUCGCAAUCAUGCAGGUAGCAAGGAGAAUUGGAGCUGUAGGACCUUCGUCCAUUCGCAUGCUUUCGUGCAGCUCGGCAAGAUGGGCAACGGAGGAGACCAAGAAUUUUUCCCGGAGUUUCGGCUUUACUGAAGUGAGCGAGGAAGAAAAAAUGGGCAAAGUCCAUCACGUAUUUUCGAAUGUUGCUGAAAAGUAUGAUUUGAUGAAUGAUGUUAUGAGCAUCGGAGUGCAUCGCUUGUGGAAGGAUAGGUUUGCCAACUUACUGAGACCUUCGUUCAGGUCUGUUCACCUUGAUGUGGCCGGAGGCACUGGUGACAUUGCUUUUCGAAUCAUGAACAAGCUGGUGCCUGGAUCGGACAACCAAGUGAUCGUGUGCGACAUAAAUGAGAGCAUGCUACGUGUUGGGCAGCAGCGGGCCACAGAGCAGGGAAUCCAGGACGACAGGCUGAAGUGGGUGCAAGGCAAUGCGGAGAAGUUACCUAUGCCAGACAGUAGUGUGGAUACAUACACGAUAGCCUUCGGAAUUAGAAACGUCACGUAUAUCGACAAAGCCUUGGAAGAGGCACACAGAGUGCUGAAGCCUGGUGGCCGGUUCCUAUGCCUUGAAUUUAGUCAAGUGGACAACCCGAUACUUGCUGAAAUAUAUGACUUCCACUCGUUCAAGGUGAUCCCUAUCCUGGGGGAGAUAUUUGCCCGAGAUCGGGACUCGUACCAGUAUUUGGUGGAGAGUAUUCGCCGCUUCCCUUCCCGCGAGCAGUUCUGCGACAUGAUGCGUGAUGCUGGAUUCCAGCAGGUGUCAGUGGAUACAGUGCAGUGUGGCAUUGCAGCCAUACAUUCCGGAUUCAAGUUUGCCGACGGAAAGUAGACGCAACAAGUGCGUGGAUGGUGGACCUGGCCUGCCGUAAGUGCUUACCAGUAUGCCUCCAACUACAAAUAGCCAAAGCUACAUAUACCUGCCUGAUGCAGGCAACGUGUGAACCAUAAUGGUGACAUAAUGGUGACACAGAAGAAGAUCAACAUCACAGUGCACCACCGUGAUCAAGUGCAGCAAGCAGUGCCAAGCGAGAGUUUCUGUUGGACUUCUAAAUUUUGGGCAGCUGAGGCUAUUAUUUGUUUCACUGCUUCAAACCUACACCGCGAGCCUGUGGGCACCGCCGUGAUGCAGUGACCAUUCCGAGCAGAACUGUCAAGAUGAGCUACCUCAAUACGCGGUCUCUCAUUAUGUUGACUUUGGUGUUCAAGUCAAAGUUCUACUUCAAAAAGAAGUACAUGUAAUCAUGAAGAGUUGAGCGCCUGACUGAUCUGUCCUGACCAGAAGACCAGAAGCCAAUGCACACAAACUCAUUACUCUGCCGAGUGUAGAU